CCCUUAGCUCAUAAAAGGUUACAGAUAUUUAGAAACAUUGGGGUAACAGUCACCCUGCUAUAGUUCCAGGGGUACCCAGGGCACAAAUAAGCACUCACCCCAAAUCUCCCCCUAACUGGCCUUCAGUGUACCCCCACUGUAUCCCCAGAUUCAUCUCAUUCUGUGGAGGUGCUGCAAAACUGCCAGUUAACAUUAACCCUGCGAGACUGGGUGCAGGUGCAGACAAUGGGUGGCAUUGCGUUACAGGGGUAGGGUGCCGGAUCCUGGGUGUAGGAGGAAGAGAGAUAAGGGAAAUUGAGGAUAAGUGUGAGGAUAAAUAAGGACAAGCUGUACCUCUCACGUCACCUGAGAUCUAAAUCUGCAGAUCUGAGGUUUAUCUCCCCUUUAUCCCUGAUAACAGAGUUGGAAGUAGAACAGUGGUUUAAUAUGUCAGAUUAAAUAGGGAGCAGUGGGGGCAGCAUCGUCGGGUUAUAAAGGCACAGGUCUGUCUCCAGUGGCACCAACCGACAGUCCAGCCAAUUAGAAGCAGACGAUGCUGCCAACUGUGAGACUUGUGCUCCUCUCCCUCGUCUUCAUCAGCCAGAUGCACGCAGCCGACAUCCCGGUCGAUCCUGACUUUACUGUUGACAAGCUGCUGGGGGAAUGGACUGGUGUGGCGGCUGCGUCCAACUCCCCCAUGUUUAUGAAAAAGAAGGAACAAAUGAAGACGGAGCCGGUUACAAAGUACUGGAUGGAUGGAGCCAACCUGAUCAGCAGCACCGCCUUCAGGACAUCCAAAGGCUGCAAGACAAGGAAAGUUAUCCUCAAAGAGGCUGAGAAAGGGCGCUACACAUACACGGGGAAGGGGGAGUCACGUAUGAGCAUCAUUAGGAUCACCCCCACCCUCUGCCUGGAACAUACCAUCACCACCAUGCCCAAUGGAAACAUCUACUUCAACCUGAAGCUUUAUAGUAAGUACCCCUGCUUCACUUACUGCCUUCCCAUCCUUCUACUUCUUAAGAUGGCCAUAAAUGUUGAGAUUUUUAAAAGAUCUGAUCCUCAUCGUGAGACCACGAUUUGCUCAGAACGAUCGUACGAAUUGACCAUCAACUAAAAAGACCAAUUUGCCAGGAAAACAAA